AUGUCCUCCGACGGGCUCACCCCCGAGCAACUUGCGGCCUUCCACCGCGACGGCUACCUCAUCAUCCCUGACGCCCUCCCCCCAACCACUGUAACCGCCCUUCUAGACGAGACUCAUCGUCUGCUCGACUCCCUCGACCUAUCCACACACCCGCUCACCCGCUUCCGCACGGGAGGUGAAACGGGCGAGGACCACGUCGGCGACGAUUACUUCCUCACCUCAGGUGACAAAAUCCGCUUCUUCUUCGAGGAAGAUGCCUUCGACUCCGAAGGAAACCUCGUGCGUCCUAAGCAUCGCGCCAUCAACAAAAUCGGACACUAUCUACACGGUCUGUCAGCUCCGUUCAAGGCGCUGCUUGCACGGGGUCCAGAAGACGAGGGAUGGGACCUAGCGAAGGAUAUGAAAGCCCGCCCAGCAACCGUCGCCCGCCAGUUGGGGUACGUUGACCCGCGCUGCUUGCAGAGCAUGAUCAUCUGCAAGCAGCCCGAGAUUGGCGGGGCUGUGCCGGCGCACCAAGACUCGACAUUCUUGUAUACCGAUCCACCGAGCGCCGUGGGCUUCUGGUACGCGCUGGAGGACGCGACGCUGGAGAAUGGGUGUCUGAGUUUCUUGCCGGGAUCGCAUCGCUGGGCGCCGGUGGAGAAGAGGCUGGUGCGAAAUGGGGAUGGGAGCGAUGGGAAGGGGACCAAGAUGGUGGUGAAUGAGGGGUCGAGGUUUCCGAGGGGAGAGGGGUACGGGGAGGAGUUGAGGGGGCAGGCAAGGGAGGGGGAGUAUGUGCCGGGUGAGGUGAAGGCUGGGUCGUUGGUGCUGAUUCAUGGGAAUUUGCUUCAUAAGAGCGAGAGGAAUACGAGUCAGAAGGGGAGGAUUAUUUACACAUUUCAUGUUAUUGAGGGUGCGGAGGGAUGGCGUUAUGAUGAGAAGAACUGGCUACAACCUCCAACUGAGGGCUUUACAAAACUGUAUGCCUAA